GCCGAGCAGAAGCAGCGGGGCUAGCUAACGCUGAAGAGGAGGGGAUCGAAGACACGGCUCAACAUCAGCACCAGCACCCACCCGGAGUCCCAAAUACUGAAGAAUAUCCACCCAAAUCCACGCGGAACGUCCACAACGACUGAAGAGAGACUGCUGGGAAGGCUCGUUGGCUGUCAAGUUGACGAAGAGGAAAGGCCAGAAGCUCCUCUGAAGUCUGAUCCACUCAGCGAGCGGGGCAGCAGCAGCGGCCAUCGGGGCAUCUGUAGAUCAGUCACCAUGUACGAUGCGGCGAGGGUGCCAUCUCCUAAAGAUGGUGCAAACGGGGUGGCCCAACCCGUGGUCCCCGGAGCAGGAGCAGGAACAGCAGAAGGAUCUGGGGGGCUGACGCCAACAGCAGCACUGCAAGCUAAAACUGAGGAGGGCCAUCCAGGUGCAGAGGAAGAGGAGGAAGAUGAGGAGGAGGAGGAACCCAAAGCAGAGACAGUCCUGGUGAAGAAGCCUCACAGAGAGAUCCUGGACCAUGAGAGGAAGAGGAGGGUGGAGCUGAAGUGUAUGGAGCUGCAGGAGAUGAUGGAGGAGCAGGGGUACACAGAAGAAGAGAUCCGGCAGAAAGUGAGCACCUUCAGACAGAUGCUGAUGGACAAAGAAGGCGUUAUUACCAGAGAGAGCUCACACACACAACCAGGGGUAAACCACCUCCACUAUCAUCCUGAUGGGUAUGAAGGCGACCCUGGAACAUUGGCUUAUGAAGACGGAGACUAUGAGCCCGAUUACCACAGUGACAACAGAGUGAAGAGGAAAUCAAGUAGCUCUCCAUCACCGCGUCCAAAGAAGAGGAAGAAGAAGAAAUCUGGCCGCAGAAGGAGUCGGUUUGGCAGCUCGUCACCCACUCACAGAGAAAAGAAGAAGAAGAGUGGGAAGAAACACAAGAGAGACAGAUCUGCAUCUGGCUCCAGGAAAAAGAGGAGAUACAGAUCGGGCAGCCCAAAGAACAAACACAAAGACAAGAACAAACAGAAAAAGAGAUCCCCUGGUGAGACCCCGAGCAGGAGUUCACAGCGUCAAGGAAGCUGCUGCAGCUCCCGGAGCGCCUCCCUAUCCUCCACCCACAGCACCUCCAAAUCUCCCACCAGACUGAACUCCAAGCACAAGACAGACGGACAAAAAGCUUCAGGCACCUCGCUGUCCCCGGGCUCGAACACCCCUACCACGUGGCACAACGGGGACCACACCCAGCGGAGCCGCAACGGAAAGGCUGGCAGACUCAACCACAGCGAGGGCGAAAAAGGGCACGAUAAGCUCCGUCUGCUGAAUGCUAGCUCUGCAGGCCUCCAAUCCACACUGCUGAAAGAGCACAAGCUCCACAGCGCCCCCAGCAGGAGCCACAUGGGACAGGUGUGUACAGCAGGAGAGGCUGGGAGUGUGGACGGCAGGAACGCAGCCAUAAACCAGACGUCGGGGAGGAAAGGGAGUCAGAGAGGACAGAAUAAGAGUUCCCACUCCCCUGCUCACAGCAGUGACUCGACCCACUCCCAGCACAACCAUGCUCACAAAGGGAGGACCUCUCGGCACCAGAAGAAGUCAAAAAGUGUCCAUUCUUCCAAACGGCACCAUCGCUCCACUCGAGGUCAAGCACAUCACCGGAGCACAUCAGCAUCUCCAGGACGCCACUCACACACAUCAGGCCGGAAGAAAGAGGAGUCUCGAAGCAAGCCAAACCUUCGACAGCGCAGCAGCUCCUGGAGCAGCAGCCGCUCUUCAUCACGUUCUGCCUCCAGAGACCGAGGUCCCAGCAAGGCCAAGUCCCCCCACAACAGACAGAACAACUCCAGAGAGAGGGACAGUGCCAACCGCUCCGACACUGACAGCAGAGCUCGCCGCCGCUCACGCAGCUACUCACCCAUUCGCAAAAGAAGAAGAGAUUCCCCCAGCUUCAUGGAGGCUCGCAGGAUCACCAGUGCUAGGAAGCGGCCGAUCCCAUACUACCGUCCCAGUCCCUCCUCGUCCAGCUCCGACAGCAGCCCGUCGCGGUCCAGCCGCAGCCAGAGCCGCAGCUACAGCAGCUACAGCCGCAGCAGGAGCCGCAGCCACAGCAGGAGCCGCAGUCGGAGCCGGAGCUGGAGUCGGAGCCGCAGCCAGAGCCGGAGCUGGAGCCGCAGCAGGAGUCGAUCACGCAGCCACCACAGCUACUACAGCCGCAGCAGCUACGGCAGCCCCAGAUUCUGACAGAAAGAGACGGUACGGAGGAGAAAUAGAAUCAACAAGAGGAGAGGUCCUGUUUAAUUUUACAAUGACGACCCAGGACACUUUAUCCCUCUCUAAUGCCGAGCCUGGAUCAAACAAGAGAGUCGUUUUUAUAUGGCACAUUCAGAUUGGCUGUCACUGUUUAUUUCUAUCUUCACGUAUCCAAGGUAUUAAAGGAAAUGUCAAAAAUUGGUUUGUUAGAGCCCAGAGAACAAAUCUUGCUGUAUGUUAGCACUUUUCUUUCUCUUCCUCCACAAAGCAACCAAAAAUAAAUCAAUUAAAACUAUAUAUACUAUAUAAAUAUAUAAAUAUAUACUAAAAAUAGGAGCUGAGUAGGAAGGGACAGGUGACACGUUGACGGCUUACUUUACAUUUCAAAGACUUUUCCUCUUCCCUCAUCAUAAACUCAUCUCCCCAAAGACUUCCAUUUCAUCUCGGCACAGCGAUCAACAAACCGGAGAACAAAAGAGAAGUCAGAGGAUGAAACUGGAAGGAAAAAAGGAACUUUUUUAUGAUGUAUAGGUUUGUGUGUAUAGAUGUAAACUUUCUUUAAGUUCUGGCUUUGUAAACUAUGCACUGUAUAUUCCAUGUAGUAUGAGGAGGCUUGUUUAGCAUGAUGCAUCAGGAGAGACUUGCUGCUCGAAAAAGGAGAGUCACCUGGCCGACAUGAAGGGUGCCAGGGUGCAUCAGUGCUCCCCUCUGACAUGCUCAGUGUGCUGACUGCCUGCAGACAGAGCUGAAUGAGAAGGGGGCUAAAAAACUAUGUAUUAUGUAUUUUUACUCUCUUCCUUCCCUGUUUAAAUGAUUAUGUUGAUUCUGCUAAUCCUGACACGUGUGAGAGUGAAUGAGUGUACCUCCUCUGCAAUGACAGUGAGGUUGUCAUGUUUGCGUGCUGCUCUGUUGCUGGUACUGUACAGGAAAACCGUCUGCAAAAAGCCUCCAUGCACACUUACACUGCUAUUUAUUAUCCUAAUCUAUUUAUUAGUUUAUUUAUUUAUUGGGUUAUUUAUUAUUUUAUUUAUUUAUUUAUCAUGUAAAGCAGUUUGUGCUUUGAAGAUGAGAUUGCUGCAAAUGUAUUCCCACUUGAAAAUGAAGCAUACAUGUCCAUGUUUUACACAGAUCUGUGUCUUAAUGUGGAGAAGGCUUAAUAUCGCCAUCAGGGUGACUGUGCACGACUGUGUGAUGAAGAUGCUCUGAUUGCAGCCAGUGGAACGAGGCUUCGCCCACGUUUACUCCCACAACAGCCAUUACAGCUCCAGUUUUAACUGUUGUUUUUUAUGCAGACUGUUGUGUCUCUGCCUGCAUGAGGGAGUAAAGAAUCAGGAUGAAAUAGAACUAAAAUAUCAUUGCGUGUGGAGAGGAGAGUCUGAUCACAAACUCUCAAACACACAGCCUCGUAUAAUGGGUCAGCAGGUGUGAGCUUACUUUGUGUCUUUAUUAUAAAAAUCAUGUACUACAACCAACUAUGUUUCAGUAGACACAUGUCAAAAUGCUCUCAAAUCCCCAAAUGUUGACUUAGAAUGCUUACAUUGAAUUAACCAUGACCACUCCUGUGUUAUACAGAUGCGUUAGUUAAGUUCUUAUAUUACCUCAAAUAACUGUGACAGUUUGCUAAGCUAGAAACAUCCUUCAUUUUUUUAGGGACGCACAGAUGCAUUAGUUCAACAGCUGUAUCUGCCCUUUAGACAAACAUCUGCCAUCAGCAAAUAAUGUAGUCGUAAACAUAUAUCUCAGUUGCCAGUGUUAAUCUGCUGUGCAGCAGCAGUUUAAUGCUGGCAUCUAGCGCACCUAACUUCAGAUUCAGAGAAGAGAUUUGUUACUGGGCAGAGAUGUGAUCUGUUGGACAAACUCUGAUCUUCUUUCAUGGUCAAAGAUGAGAGAAAAUGCUGUCAUUGUAGGAGUGUGACACCAAAAAAAGUAUCUGCCAGAUUUUUCCAAUCAGUGCAUCUUUUUUUGUUUUUUGUUUUUUUUAAGCUGUAAGAAUAUUUGUAUUGUCAUGGCUGCAACCACAAAAUACAUGGCAUCUCACUUUUUUCAAAUGAAACACUUGAUGUUGCAGCAAAGACUCUCACAUAUGGAAGCAUGAACUGCUUCAAGCUGCUGUUCUGUUGCUGUGUCUUUCCAAAGUAAUGGACCAUCAUUAUUCUUAACUAUGGCACUCUGUUGCCCAAGUCUCUUUUGUAACUCGUAACGCCACCCCCCAAUCUCCCACUCACAGUAACAGUGGGCCCAACUAGACAUUUUCAAGACAUGCCUCAAGUAACCCCAGAAUGCUUUGCAUGUAGCUCAGUGUCAACAAGAAGGCUACUGUUAACCAUUUUUCCCCCUCAUUAUGUGAAACUCAUCCAUGAAACUAAACUAAAGCAGCUGUGUCCUGUUCAGUAAAUACACCUCAUAGAGAGCAGUUUUUAUUGAUUAGAGUCCUCAAUUAAAACAAGAAGUAAUUAUUUUGAUUUGGGCCCCCUGACGGCAGAAAUUACAUGAUGUGCAUUAAAAUUAAAAGCUGUUGAAACUCAAGAGUGGAGCAGAAUCUCAAUCAAAAUCAGGUUUAUAUCGCUGCUUCCAAGCAAUCUUAAAACAGUUAAGAGAAGGUUAAAAUGAAAAGUAAGAGGUAAAGACUAAACAUUGCACACCAUCACACAGAGGCAACCAUCAAUUACCCUGUGCUACAGGAUGUAAGAAAAGUCUGUAGUCUAGACUGGCGGAUCACUAAAGUAACAUGAGCAUCAACAAUGGCAGCAUUUCAGAAUUAAAAGCAAAAUUUAGUAAAUCAAAAAUAUGCAAAUAGAGGAUUUUCAUCGACAUCAAUCAUUUUAAUCUCUUAUUAAUUUAACUUUGAACAAAAGUGAUUAGCUAUGAUUUUUUAGUUUCUUUUUUUAUAGUAAGCUGCAUAAGGUUUUACGUUUUAAAGCUCCUGUGCAUCCUGCUGUCUUUCAACACGGAAAUAUUCUACUCAUGAGAGUCUUAGCUAUGAAAAAUGUCAGUCAAGGCUGUUUUGGCAGAAUGUAGCUAAUGACAUUAUCUGCAGCUUUGGAUCAUAGUAUUUAAUAUCACCAUUUAGAGAUAACCAACGUUAUCCCUGAUGCCUUCCUUUUUAAACACAUAAACAGACAACAGUAUAAAUCUGAGUCUCUUUCAUAACCUUCUAAAGACUCCUCACUGUUUUUACUGUUAUUUUAUAAUAAAGACACAAAGGUAAGCUCACACUCAGAACGUAAAACUGGCGGAACAAUCAGGGAUCACCUUUAGUCUUCCUUUCCAUCAGUCCAGUCUCAUGUCACACAUACAUUGUUUCAUUCCCAGUGUAACCAGAUUAAACUCAGCUAUGAUACUCUGCAAACCUGUUUAUUUAUUCCAGUAUAGCAUCGCCCCUUUGGUUCUACAGUCAUUCUUUGUAGUGUACGACUUAUUAUACCUGACAAUAAACUGAA